AUGGCCGUUGCACUUAUGGAGUGGCCACCGCCCCUUGGGCAGCGGGGACAGGAUUCUCACCAGAACGAGAAUGAAGAGGAAGGGCCUUCGUUGACAGACCGAGACUAUAUAACGUUGCAGAACCUCAAGACGUCGCUCCUGAAACUCCCUCCCGAACUGCUGUACGAAAUUCUCUCUUAUAUCUCAGCGUCUGAUCUUGUCCAUGCCUCCGAAGCCUGCCGGGUACUGGCUCAGCAUGCGAACAACGACCGGCUGUGGGCAAACUUGGUGAACUUGAACCUGCCGGAGCCAGUACAGGAACCUGGGGUUUUCGACUCGUUCCGCAGCCUUUACAUCAACCAUCAUCCGUGCUGGUUCAUUCCGCGACAUAAGGUGUGGUUUUCGGAUACAGAGCAUACCGGCAAUCUUAUUUUAACCCGAUACGACAAUCGACGCGGAGUAAUCGAGGGAUACCGUGUGACUACUGAACGACGUUCUCACAAGUUUCAAGUGUGGGAGUGGAAUCCCGAUGUCGUUAUCCAAGCAUUUGAGCCAAAGGUGAACUUGUGGCUUGAUGAUCCUAUUCUUCUUCUACGAAAGGACCCGGAAGGACGACCUAGAUAUCUUGACACCGAGAGGGUCAUGGAAAUGCCAGUCCAAGUGCAAUACGUCUACAAUGCCAUUUCCCUAUGUCGGCCCGGUUGUCCCGAAGAGCUCACCGAGGACACGCAGUGGCCACCAUCCAAUAUCCCCAGUAACCAUCGUGUCUACCGUAACCCAGAUGUCCAUUGGGAGGAAUGGAACCGUGUGCCUCGACAACUUUCUCAGGUGUCGGAGCAUGCAUUUCGGAUCAGGAGAUGGGCGCAUUUCCGUUUGGGUAUGCCGAUAUUCACUGCUGGACAACGCGAGACAAUGUCGACCUAUUCUACUCUCGACCCAAGCCUAUACACGCCAACAAAGGAGAAGCCAUACCAAGGAAUCUGGGUUGGUGAUUACUCGGCCCAUGGAUGCGAGUUUCUCCUUUUCCUCCAGCAUGAUAAGGAAGGAGAUGAAUACAAUGCGCGCGACCCACGAAAUGAAGACAUAGUACAGAGGGGUAGUCUGAAGGCCGUGAAACUCACUGGUGACCCUAAUGUUCCCCGCGGCGAAUACUCGUUCAUGUCAGACGACCUCGGGCCCGGUGGCACAAUCCGCAUUGCAACUGAAUCCCUCUUCGAAGGCGCGAGAGUGGUACGUAGCAGAGGCCAUGUUGCGGGCCUUGGUUUUAGGGAUGAUACUUUCAUUACCUCCCAGCUAAUAUUAGUAUCGACCGACUGUGUCGCGCAUUACUGGGAAUCCAUGGGCCAUAUCACGUACUACCGUCGCCUGGAUAUUGAUGCGCUCAUCCGAACAUGA